GGUCAACCCACGCUGGUGACGUCACCGCACGUGACCUGCCGGAAAAUAAAAACUACUUGCACAGUGUACUGUUGUUUAAAGCCAACGACUCGGUUCAUUCGUAAAACUAAAGCAGAAAACUGAUCUGAAAUGGCCUGCUUCGACGGUGAAAAAUACUUUAUCGAGAACGCUCACACCCACCGAUAUCUGUUCCAAGACGGUCCGAAAAUCAAGGGCGAACGAGGCAGCGAAGGUGGUUGGUUAGCAAGCUCUGGAUUCGAAUCCCCGAAAUGUGUCGGUGCUGAUGCCAAUUACUACAACAGAGCGUACUGGCGCUUCUUGCCGCAAGGCGGUGACAAAUAUUUCAUCGAAAAUAUCGAGACUGGGCGCUAUUUGUUCCAAGAUGGUCCGAAAAUCAAGGGCGACCGAGGCGAUGAAGGCGGUUGGUUAGCAAGCUCUGGAUUCGAGUCGCCGAAAUGUGUCGGAGCGGAUGCCAAUUACUACAACCAAGCUUACUGGACGAUCGAACCACAAGGUGAUGACAAGUAUUUUAUCGUCAAUGCUGAAACUGGGCGUUAUUUGUUCCAAGAUGGUCCCAAAAUCAAGGGCGAGCGAGGCGAUGAAGGCGGUUGGUUAGCAAGCUCUGGGUUCGAGUCGCCAAAAUGUGUCGGAGCGGAUGCCAAUUACUACAACCAAGCUUACUGGAAGAUCCUAAAGCAGUGACACUAGACUUCUGUUUCACGCGGAACUGAUAUAGACAAUUUAUGUUUUUCCUAUCUUGUGUUUUAUUGUUGACACUUGUGGUCGACUUGUCGUGUAGUUUUUCAUUUUAAAAUAAAGGUGCUUUAUGUUGCUAACAAUAAAGUAUAUAGCCAGCGAAAUGGUGGCUAGAAAUUAACGCAUGCACGUGUUUGUGUGAAAUUGCUUUUGUAACUGCGUG